GAACACGCUUCUCUCUCCUGGUCACAGUACAGUACAGUGUGGCUCGUAGAGUGAGGUUGGACGCCAAUAUCCAGGAGCAGUUUUAGUAUAUCGUGUCAGUCUAUUUGAAUGCCUUGAGAGGAUUUCGUCUGCAUAAAAUCUUGUGGAUAACAUGGCAGAAGCUACGGGCAGUAGUGGAUGUGAGCCGUGCAGUGUGCUGACCUGGGAUCAGGUGAGUCGGCUGAACGACGUGCUUACCGAGGCUGUUCCCGUCCAUGGCCGCGGGAACUUCCCCACCUUGGAGGUGCGACUGAAGGACAUUGUGCAGAUGGUCCGAAACCAGCUGGAGCAAAAAGGAAUAAAAGUCAAAGAAGUGCGUUUGAAUGGCUCCACAGCCAGCCACGUGUUGGUGCAGGACAAUGGGUGGAGUUACAAGGACCUGGACGUCAUUUUCAGGGUCGACCUCCCGCAAGAAGCAGAGUUUCAGAUCAUCAAAGAUGUGGUUUUAAGCACCCUCUUGGACUUCCUGCCGGAGGGGGUGAACAAGGAGAAGAUCACGCCCAUGACCCUGAAAGAGGCCUACGUGCAGAAACUGGUGAAGGUCUACACCGAGACGGACAGGUGGAGUCUGAUCUCCCUCUCGAACAACAACGGCCGCAACGUGGAGCUGAAGUUCGUGGACUCGAUCCGCCGGCAGUUCGAGUUCAGCGUGGACUCCUUCCAGAUCAUCCUGGACACUCUGCUCUCCUACUACGAGGUGUCAGAGAACCCCAUGUCCCAGCACUUCCACCCCACGGUGGUCGGCGAGAGCGUGUACGGGGACUUCGGCGCGUCGCUCGACCACCUCAAGAACAAGCUGAUCGCCACCAAGAGGCCGGAGGAGAUCCGCGGCGGGGGCCUGCUGAAGUACUGCAACCUGCUGGUGCGGGACUUCAAGCCCACCGACGAGGACGAGUUCAAGGCCCUGGAGCGCUACAUGUGCUCGCGCUUCUUCAUCGACUUCCCCGACAUCCGCGAGCAGCAGCGCAAGCUGGAGGCCUACCUGCAGAGCCACUUCAUCGGCGAGGAGAAGAGCAAGUACGACUACCUCAUGAUCCUGCGCCGGGUGGUCAACGAGAGUACGGUGUGCCUGAUGGGACACGAGAGGCGGCAGACGCUCAGCCUCAUCUCCCUCACGGCCUUCCGGGUGCUGGCGGAACAGAACGCCAUUCCCGACGCCUCCAGCGUCACCUGCUACUACCAGCCUGCCCCCUACGUCAGAGACCCCAAUUUCAGUAACUACUACGUGGCCUCGUGCAACCAGUCAAUUCCAACAUGGCUGCCGUGUAACUGAUGGGCGAAACGAACGGAAAGGUCACUGACUCAAAAUGGCAGAUAAGUCUUAUCUAGCUCUGUAGGUUUAAAGGAUCUGUUUAAAAGGACAAGCAUUUAUUCCCUACCCUCCCCCUGCCCUAGUCCCCUCCCUCAUUCCUUCUCUACAGAGGUGACACAGAAUGGACCCAAUGUGACUUUUUUUUAAGUGUUAUUUGUUUUCUGCAUUUCUUUGACAUAAUUUGUCUUCUCAGGUUGUAAAAGGUCUUUUUUUUGCAAAUCUGAAUGUGAAGAGUAAUUUAAUGUCCAAUUGAAAAAAAAGUGUCUUUGGUGACACCCCCCUCCCCCACCACCCCCCCAAAAAUGAAAGGAAAGGGGGUAAAGGAUAUUAGUUGUUAUUGCAGGAAUCCUGUGACUUGGAUUUCUUCUGUGUGUAAUGAAUUGAAAACCGGGGGUGUAAAAAAAAAAAUUAAAAAAAAGUUUAAAAAGUUGGAAAAAAAACUCAAAUAUCACAGGUGGUGUUUGUAUUCCACAAGAAACCGGGGAGAAAAAAAAAAGGUUUUUUUUGUUUGGGUGGACAUUGUAAUCUAGCCUAUAUUCUACAUUAUUUUGGCUGGUAAAUUGACUUAACAUAACCUUUCUAUUGAUCCCCCAAAACAUUUGAAGUGGAAAGAAAAUGUCUAUUUGAAAGAAGAAGAAGAAAAAAAAAAAAGAAUCUCUUGUUAAUUAAAAAAAGAAAAAAAGGGAAAAAAUAAUAAUCACAUUUCUGCCUUCUUCCCUGGUGGGGUUAGUGUAGGUGUUGCACUCUGAAUGUAGACUUCACUCGGCUGGGUUUUGCCCUUAGCGAUAGCGCGCGGGUCCCUGGGUUGGGCUGGGGCUGUGGGUGUAGGCCUGUGGCUUUACCGUAAAAGGAUCUCGGCGGAUCCCCUGGGAAUCUCUCCCCGGCCUUUUUUUGCGCCGCCGUCUACUGAAACGGGACGCCGGGUUCGGCGACGGCCAGCCAAUGGCAGCCGCGGACGUCUAUAAUUAUCUUCAGAAGCGGUGCGGUAUGCGGCGGGUUGGCACGGCGACCGCCGCGCAUGUGCGGGGCUGACUCACCCCCCCCCACCCCCCACCCCCCCCCCCCGGGCCCGGCCGUGCGUACGCUGGGGCUUGUCCCAGCACCGAUUUCGGCAGAGGAGUCUAGUUUGUAAGUUUGUGUAAAAUGUGUUUGAAAAGGCUAAAAAUAGAUUAUCUGUCCGAUCUGGAGGUGUUGAGUUUGCGAAAAGCACACUUGAGAUCUGCGUAGUCACUGCUCUUUCCUUAGAAGACUUGCUCUUCAUGGACUGUGAGGCCGUCUCGCUGACGUCCGCACUGUGGUGCCCCGGUCGGACCCGAGCCGCAUACCUUCCCCGCUAAACUUCUCGUGACCCAGCAGUUUUGAAAGGGCGCCUAGUUUUCUCAGCAGAAUAGUAACACUUUUUUUUUAAAUGGCAUAAUUUGAGUAGGGUGUCGGGGGGGCUGUCUGAUGCAGCAGAACGGUGCCACCAGAAAAACGCUUCCUACUCCCUGCCGGAGAGCCCACCACUUUUCCCCCUUUAGUUAAGAGAAACGUCAGCUUCCCUUUAACUCCUUAACCCAUUUCUGACUGGCCCCUGAGGUGCACGUUAGCUAGCCCCGGUACAUUGCAGCUUGUUCAAACGUGCUGUGCCCCAGAUAAAGCAGUUUCUCCCCUUAUCUGUGCUCCCCACAGGGCGUGACCGAGCCUUUUUAAACAUGACACCAUUUGAUGGACAGGGUCACUGUAUCCCCUCUGCGAGAGUCGGGCAUGCCCCUAGGUCAGCUUGCCCAGGUUUGAAGGUUUUGUGUGUGUGUGUGUGUGUGUGUGUGUGUGUGUGUGUGUGUGUGUGUGUGUGUGUGUGUGUGUGUGUGUGUGUGUGUGUGUGUGUGUGUGUGUGUGUGUGUGUGUGUGUGUGUGUGUGUGUGUGUGUGUGUGUGUGUGUGUGUUGGGAGAUUUAGUGUUGACCAAAGUCUAUGUUCUAGUGAUGAAGCAGGAAAAAAAGGGAAAAAAAGUGCCUUAAUGUUGUGCUGGUUGUUUUCAGGGAGGUGUAGAUAAGGAUUUUUUUCUUUAAUUUUUUUUUUUUUUUUAAGUGUUUAUACAUAGGAAAGCUUUCUCUUUCUCCCUCCCUUCUACUAUUCUUGUGUGUGUCAGAACUGGCAUGUCAUGAGCGAGAGUUUUGCAUUGGGUUGAAUAUUAGGUGUGAUACCCACAUAACUGGAUUGGGGUUUGAGUGACUUUGAAUAUGGAUCUGGUUCAAGCAAAUGCAUAUCGUGUGUGGGUGUAUUUCUGUAGUACUACUUUUACUCGCCAGGCUUUUCGACACCAUAAGCGCCCUUCCCAUUCCAGCGCCCGAAAACGUGUCCCGUUCCGUCUUAAUUCCGCGUCUCUAACGCGUAUGUUUUCACUUGUGUCGAGGGCUGCGUGAAUGCUGCUUUGUUUUUUUGUCUUUGUUGUUUUGCUUAUUGCUGUUGCCAAAGUCUUGAGGUGCAAAAGCAAAGAAGUAAAAAAAAUAAAUAAGAAUGAAUAAAAUCCCUGACGUGGAGUGAUGAGGAGCCGGACUUUUAAAGCACUUUAAAGCCCUGUGUAUCUCCUGGGUGGGAGAGCUCUGAAUGUAGUGAGGAUUGCAGUACAUGAGGCUGGAGGAAGAGGAAGAGGAGGAGGAGGAGGAGGAGGGGGUGGCUGCAAGACAACAUCUCAGGGAGGUAUCUGUGACUUAUGCAGGGCUAUUUGCCCACACCUUUUUCUGGAUUAAGCUUUUUACGGUGAAUUUUACAGAGUUUUGGGACUUCGCGAUAGAAAUUAUCCCACAACCUCUGCAUUAGUGACCGUUUGAACUGUUUUCCCCAAUUCCCCCCCAUAUUUUGGAGGGUUUCCUGUGACGGACCUGUCUGUUGCAGAAACGCCGGCAUAGUUUGGUGAAAUGGCCACUGACGGUCCCAAGUCCAAAUAAGGUUUCUCUGGCCCUCUGGGAAAGGGGAUCUCCUCUCUGUUUGCACAGUAAUGGGAAACGACAAGUCUGUCUUGUCGAGAUGCACUUAAGCCGACGACACUUGGCUCGGUCACCUGCUUCUCUAGGGGUCAUCUACGUUUCAACAAUAAAGUCGUGUUUGUGAUUUCUUUGCCAAAACGAUUUUACUUUGUGUUAAAAAAAAAAAAAGGCACGCUGUACACAGUCUUAUGGCUUAGAUGUUUGGUUUGUUCGUUUUUUGUUGUUUUUUUUCUUUCUUUAAUGUGGGAAUUCCAUAUGAAAUUGUGUGAAUUUUGCCCCCCCCCCCCGCCAUGUUUAAAGUGUGCUUUCCCUGUGCCUACCUGGCUUCAUGCCUCGGAGUGUGAACGGAGCUACGCUGCAGCACCAUGCUGUUUGGGGAGGUGAAGUGUGGUUGGUGUUAUUUUGCAGAUCUUGCAUGUGGGAUAAGUGUUAGAAACCGGUUGUGACUUUUUUUUUUUCUUUUCUUUUUUUUUUUGCGCUUUUGCAUUAAGGUUUUUGGAGUCGUAGGCAGCCUGUGUGCGCUUUGUGUAUGCGUUUGCAAGCUUACCUUUGCGCAUUCUAAUUCGAGUGCCAGGUUGAAAUGGAGGCGUAUGAAAUUCUCUCCAUUCCGUAAAAUAGUUAAUGCAAAAGCAAAGCCCGCAUCUGCUUCCUGAUGCACAUCUGCCAUUUUCUUUUUAGCACUUUUCCCACUCACUUUAGUUUUCCCUGGAUGGAAAUGUACUUCGGGAAGUGUAUGAACAGCGAAUAAAUGAAUAAAGUAUUUGAACUCA